UGCAGCGUCGAACAGCCAGCGAAGGUAGUCUUUCGUGCACAAGCUUUCGUCGGAAACAUGCGGGCGGCCAUUUCUUGCCUCUUGGUUGUUGACGCCAUGCUGUGGCUAGAUGCCCCACUUGCUGUGGGCCAAGCCAAGCACAGUCUACAGCACGACGUUACAGAUGCUUUCAAGGUGUUUGAGAUCUUCCCAAACGCCGUUGCUGUGUUUGAUGCAGACGAAGACGGAGAUUUAGACUGUGUGGUAGUUGUGCGGCAACACCUUGAUCAAAACAGCAAGACAGCUAGCUACUUGUGGCUGCUGCCGUCCCUGAACGGACGUCAAGCCGAAAACCACACCAACUAUUUCAAGGAAGGAUCAACACCUGACAAACCUGUUUUCGUAACGGACGACGGCGCCGAUGGUGAGAAAACGGGAAAUUUCGUAUAUACCAACUAUGAGAAUUGCGUCGUACUGGACAUCCCAUUCAAGGAGAAACAAAGCUGUGGUCUAUGGGUCGCCUCAGAUGCUGUGCACAGUUUCCCGCAGGAGUGCGUGGACCAGUUCGAGGACAACUGCGACAUGCCAGUCUCAGUGUUCGAUGACGAAUCGUGCAAGGGCGUGUUGGACAACAUCUAACGCACUAGGCAUGCUUUUCAAGAGUCUUCGGUUAUGUCUACCGAAUAAUAAAUCGCUGCU